UAUUGUCACCCGCGUGGAAGGUUGCGUUUGUUAUUGGAAGGUCUAGUUGCGAUUGCGAGUGGUUAUGUCAUCUUCAAGGCAUAUUGACAACAAUGCUCCUGUUUAUGUCAAAGGCCAUGUUGAUCUUCAGGGGUCACAGUUCAGCCCUGGUGUAAUUCAAAAGCUUAAAGCCUGGAUUCAAUCAAAAACUCAGCAUCUUCUAAAAGCUGUGAAUAGCAAUGACACUGACUACAGUGUAUAUACAGGGAAAACAGGGCUAGCAAUGCUGUUUUUACGACUUGCUGAUACGAUCUACAAAGGCACUUCUUUUGAAGAAGAGCUGGUAAAGGCUGCAAGGUCAGUUUGUGAUUCAGCACAGAAGUUUCUUCGCGGGAAAAGAAUAACAUUCUUAUGCGGAGAUGCAGGACCCUUGGCAUUAAGUGCAGUUCUUGCUCAUAGAGAAGGUAAUGAAGGAAAUUACAAUUGCUGCAUCAGUGAGUUGCAAUCGAUGGUUGAUAGGUGCUGUAAUGACAGUGGCCUGCCAGAUGAAAUGCUUUAUGGCAGGGCUGGAUUCCUGUUUUCUUUGUUAUUCGUUCGAAAGCACUGCGGUAAUCAUGCGAUUGCCGAUUCAGCACUUUCCCAGGUUUGCCAGUCGAUAAUCAAAUCUGGAUCAACCAAUGCUGGCGUCAGUCAUGCAGGCAUUCCACUGAAAUAUGAAUGGCAUGAGAAAGAAUAUAUCGGUGCUGCACAUGGAUAUUUGGGGAUACUUUUCCAGCUGCUUCAUCCUGAUCUUCUCAAAUUAGACGUAGUGCAAAGCUCUCUGAAUCUUAUCAAAGAAACGUUGGAUAUCGUAAUCGAUAUGAGAUUUCAAUCUGGUAAUUUCCCGUCAUCAGUUGGGAAUAAUAACGAUAAACUGGUUCAAUGGUGUCAUGGUGCUCCUGGUGCAGUUAAUACCCUCAUAAGAGCAUAUCAGGUUUUCUCCGAUGCGAAGUAUCUAGAUGCUGCAGCAAAAUGUUGUGACGUGAUAUGGGAUCGUGGCUUGCUGCUAAAAGGCUACGGUAUAUGUCAUGGCACUGCAGGCAAUGCGUACGCGUUUCUUGAGAUGUUCAAAGCAACGAAAAAUGAAAAAUACUUGUAUCAUGCUCUAAAGUUUGGCGAAUGGUGUCUUGAGUAUGGGAAACAUGGAUGUAGAGUACCCGAUCGACCGUUGUCUUUGUACGAAGGGCUCGCUGGAACAGUUUACUUUCUGGUUGAUUUGACCAAUCCUGAAAAUGCUGGAUUUCCUGGUUACGAAAUUUGACAAUGCAAUGAAAUUAUAGCUUGAGGUUAGGUUAGUUUGCUAUCCGGGGCUUAGAAUAUUUGUUGGGUAUGGGCAUGUUGAAUUUCUUCCGUUAUGGACAAGUUUCGAAGACAUAAGAAUCUGUUUUCAGAAUUUAUAAAUUCGAGUCAUAUAAUUUGAAAGAAAAAUACACUAACGAAUACCGUAAUUUUUGAAAAGUUAAUAAAAUCGUGUAAAAAAUUUCAAAUUUUAUUAGCAGUUAAAGACCUGCAGCUUACUGAAGAUUUAUUGUUUUUUGGCUUGGUUUAUUGAUUUGAAAACCAAGGCCUAAUUAUAGAGUAUUGGUUGGGAAGGUGUCGUGCUCAUUUUGCCUUAUAUCAGCCAGUUUUUGAACGAUUCGUCUUUUUGACAAGGUGCUCUCAAAUUUAUGGUCUGAAGUAAGAAUUUCUGAAAAUCUAUUUUUGACGUCAUCACUACCGGGCCCUUUCUCCGCUAUGUCGACGUGUUUGUUGUCUCUUGCCUCUACCAGAUGAAAGUUUCUUUUCUAACAUUUGUCUGAUUUUGUGCUGAUUUAUUUAAACCCUUUUCACAAAUCAAAAUUGUGAAUGCCGACUUUAUUGUCAUUUUUACCACAAAUCCUUGCAUUGCUUAUCAUUUUUUGUUUCAUGAAAUUCGUGUUUCAAAUGAAUAUUUGUUGGUAUUUGAGAUCAUGGAAUCUUGUUUUUUCGUUUAGAAUUUUCUCAUGUAUUUUUACAUUAAAGCUGUUUUGCAGCUAUGUAAACACACUGUAUGUACUUUCUAGAGGUAAAGUCUCAAUGGACAACUUCUGAGAAAAUAUUUUGGACGUUAACAGGUUUUGUGCUAGAAUUAAUUCCAACUCACGUUACAAAAAUAGAAUUAUAAAGUAGCUCUUUGUAAAGUUAAAAUGGAAAAUCUGACAUGGUGUA